AAUGUUCACUUCAGUGUCAUGUGGAGCACCAUUAAGGAGGGAAAGCAGGAAGCAGGGCCUAGCACAGCCUGGAGUGUGGGUGAGGGCAGCUUCCUAGGGAUACUGCAAGGACUGAAUCUUAAAAGAUCAGCUGGAUUUCUCCCCAGCUAAGAAUUUUGGAACACAGCGGUUAAAGUUGUGAGGAAGGGCCAGCUUAAUGGAAGAGGGAUUGGGGGAUCAAGUGGACAUGAUACUAUGUGACCUGACCUGGGAGUAGCUGGAAGUGAGAGAGGGGACAGCCCCUCAUGGACAACUGCACGUGGGUGGCUGGUAGGGGGAGGCUCCCAGAGGAAGGCCAGCGUCCUGAGACCUUGGAGCCAGGGCUCUCAGUGUGCAGAGAAAGAGCAAAAGUACAUAGGGCUUCCUGGGCUCUGAUUGUCCUGUAGCCCAGGACCGGGAGAGACCUGGAGAAAGGACAUGCUCGGAAGUGCCAGCCCCACUGAAAAGUUCCAAAGGGAAGACGGGCAGCGGUCACAGUGGCGGUGAGGCUGUGGUUGGUUGCCAGCACAGGAUGCCCCAGGCCCUGGAGCAGGCAGAUGGCAGGUGGGCCUGGGUGGUACUGCUGGCCUCGCUGGUGUCCCAGGGCCUCACCCUGGGCUUCCCCACAUGCAUUGGCGUCUUCUUCACGGAACUGAAGCGUGACUUCCAGGCAAGCAACAGCGAGACCUCCUGGGUCCCCUCCAUCAUGAUAGCUGUAAUCCACGUUGGCGGACCCCUGUGCAGCAUCCUGGUGGAACGCUUUGGCUACCGAGUGACUGCGAUGCUGGGGGGCGUGCUGGCCAGCCUGGGCAUGGUGGCCAGCUCCUUCUCCUAUACCCUUAUCCAGCUCUACCUCACGGCAGGAUUCAUCACAGGCCUGGGCAUGUGCUUCAGCUUCCAGUCCAGCGUCACAGUGCUGGGCUUCUACUUCAUCCGCUGGCGGGUGCUGGCCAACGCACUGGCCUCGAUGGGCACCUCCCUGGGCAUCACACUCUGGCCGCUGCUCUCCCUCUACCUGCUGGAGGAGCUGGGCUGGAGGGGGACCUUCCUUGUCUUCGCUGGGGUCUUUCUCCACUGCUGCGUGUGUGGGGCCAUCUUGAGGCCUGUGGCCACCAACAUGGCCCUUGAAACCAAAGAAAUUCCCCUUCUACCUCCCAAGACACCUGCCCCAGGCUGUCUGGCAGUUUGUGGCCGGACCAUCCAGCGCCACCUGGCCUUCGAUAUCCUGCGGCACAAUGCACGUUACUGUGUGUUCACGCUGGGUGUGAUGUGGAUGAUGCUGGGUUUUCCUCUGCCGCACGUCUUCCUGGUGCCAUACGCCGUGAGGCAUGGUGUGGACGAGCAGCGGGCGGCCCUCCUCAUCUCCAUCAUCGGCUUUAGCAACAUCUUCCUGCGGCCUGUGGCUGGGCUGGUGGCAAGCCGGCCGGCAUUUGCCAGUCACCGCAAGUACCUGUUCAGCCUGGCAGUCCUGCUCAAUGGGCUCACCAAUCUGGUGUGCAUGGUAUCUGCCGACUUCUCCGUGCUGGUGGGCUACAGCCUGGCGUACAGCGUAUCCAUGAGCGGCAUCGGUGCCCUCAUAUUCCAGGUCCUCAUGGACAUUGUUCCCAUGCAGCAAUUCCCGAGCGCCCUGGGCCUCUUGACCAUCCUGGAGGGCAUCGCUCUCCUCAUCUCCCCACCAUUGGCUGGUGAGGCCAGGAGGGGAGCAGUCAGAUGUGCACAGGGUUGCUCCUGGACACCACCAACAACUUCAGCUACAUUUUCUUCAUGUCCAGCUUUUUCCUCAUCUCGGCUGCCCUCUUCAUGGGCGGCAGCUUCUAUUCCCUGCAGAAGAAGGAGCAGCAUGGUAAGCAGGCUGAGGAGGAAGGAGCCAGAGAGGAGGCUGCCCCAGAGUGGGGUCGGACCUUGGAAGGCAAAGACAGUCCCGAGAAGCGGCUGUGCCCCGAGAUCAUGUAUGUGACCAGCGUCUGAGCCUGCAGGUCUGUGAGUGACCACCAUCUCAGCCCAGGAGUGGGACCUCCAGCUGUUUCACCAGGGACUGGGUGAAGGGUGGCUCAGGAAGCCUGAGUCUAAGGCUGUACAGGCUCUACAAGUUGGGACUCAGCUAGGAGCUGGGGCCAUGGAGUUGGAUCCCCUCCCACCAGCAGAACCCAGGAGCAGGCACCAAGGCACCUGGAUUUGUCACACCAGCUCAGUUCAGCUGGCUGCUCACUACUGCUCCUACAGCUCAACAAACUGGACCUUCAAGCCCAGCCUAGAUACCUCCAACAUCAUUUCUCUUUGCCCUUCUCUGGCGUCUAGAUGGUUCUGAAGAGCUAGCUCACCUUCCUCCAGGGCCCUUUUGCCCCUGUCUUUCCAAGUGACCCAGCCCUUCCCUUUCAAAGCAGCCAAUGAUAGUGGUGUGGUUGCCCCAUGCAGGUCAUGGGGUCUCACACUGACUGUCUUGAGAGGCUGCGGUGGAGGGCCAGGCUAAGGGGUUGGCCUGCAUGUAGCACUGGGGCAGAUUAAAGGUCAAAGGGAGUGCUCAUCCUGGCACCUGCACAGAGAGCAGGAGGGGAGCCUCUGGCUUGGGGCUAGAAUUGGUGAAGUCUGAGGGGUCCCCUGCACUCUCACUGGGGCCUGUUCUAAGGACUGCCUUCCUCAUCUGCCCCACUCUGUAAUCUUGGUGGGGAGUAUUAAUGCUGAGGUUGCAGGAAGACAGACAUUUGAGUGGUGGGGGUGGGGGUGGGGGGAAGGCUGGUUAGGCACUCUGAAUUAAGACUCCUGUGAAAAGGAGGCUGCCUUGGGCGGCGCCUGUGGCUCAAAGGAGUAGGGUGCCAGCCCCAUAUACUAGAGGUGGUGGGUUCAAACCCGGCCCCAGCCAAAAAAAAUAAAAAUAAAAGGAGGCUGCCUUGGUGACAGAAGCCCUUCUAAUCCCCAUCCUGUCCUCCUCAGGCCCCUCUUAUCCCUGCCAUGAUAGAGCUGUCACCCCUGGGGUGAGUAAAUGGCUGGGCCAGCUGCCAGUCUAGCCUGCUCCCUGCUGGCUUAUGUCUGGGACUUGGAGGUCGGAGCUCCCCCCACUAAGGUCAGCACCCAGGGACUAACUUGUCAUCAGCCCAGGCCUAUCCCAGCAGGGUACUAAAGGAAUGGGAAACAGAGUUUGUUUGAAUUAAAUACAAAAAUGUUCCCUGCAGCAGGUCAUAAACUCUGUGAACUAAUGAAGCUGGAAAACAGACCUAGUGUUCUCCUCCCCUUUCCCUUCUCCCUCUUGGCAGGGGCAGCUCAAGCUCAGGACAUUGUUUGUUGAUUCAGGCUCAACCAGGCUCCAACAAGAAAACCUUAUCAGGAGAAUUGAUUUUAUUUUUGUGAACUGGUGCCAAUCUUCCUCCUCCACACUGUCCAGCUGGCAUGAAUAAGCAUCCUUCGGGUUAUCCUAUGUCCUCCAGAACCCUGCCAUGAGUCCCCCCCUUAUGGCCAAAGUAGGUACUGCAGAGCUGAAGCCAAGGGCUCUGGGCCAGAUUAAAGACCUAAAUUCCUGUUUGACUCUGCCACAAUUUGCUGUGUGACUUUGGGCAAAUUGUUGACCAUCUCUGAGCCUUGAAAAAGGAGGAUAUUAGCCUGGAUGAACUAAAGUCUCUACCAAUUUGAAAAGUUGACUCUGUGAGUGUUCUGAGACACUCGUGGCCUUCCAGCAGCUCCCUAGCCAGGCUUGGACUUGGCUACCACCUGCAGCUCAUGAUCUGAAGGAAAAACAUUUCACCAGGUCCUAUCUGUUUCUCCGUCUCAACUGAGUGGAAAAGAAGAGAGUAGGGGCUGGUAGGUAGGUGCUUCUGUUGCCAGAGUUCAUCAAACUGUGAUAUCUUUUAUGUUCCUUAAUAGGCCUAAUGUUUCUGAAAACACUUAAGAAGAGAUCAGGGAACUUUGACCUCAUCUGCUCCCUAGGCAAGAAUGACAAUAAUCUCUAUGCAGAAUUCCUUCAAUAAAUAUUUAUUGAGCAUCU